GUAUAAAUUUUGAACACAAUUGCAUAGAAAGGUGGUCAGAACUUUCUGGAAGAAAUGGGAAGUAAGGAAGUUAAAGAAAGCGCAACCCAAACCAAGAGAAAAAGCAUAGAAUAAGAGUGGAGAGAGCAAAAUGGCAGGUACAUGGAAAUUGCGGUACCUUCUUCUUCCUUGUAACGCGCAUGCUUUUUCAUUGCUGUGUAAUCGUCUGCGACUUCCACCAUUGCUUCUAUCAUCACCCAUCACCUCCACCAGAGCAAUUUGUUUCGCUUCUUCUCCUUCUUCUUCUUCUUCUUCUUCUUUCAUUACCACAAACAGACCGCUUCUUCCAUUGACGUCCACUAUUAAGAAACCAACUUCUUCUCCUCCUCCUCCGCGACGUUUUCACUCCAGAUUGUUCAGCUCCUCUGAACCCACCAGGAUCAACACCAAGGUCAACUUUUCUCUGGGAGACUCCGAUGCGGAAGACGACGACGACGAAAACAAGAAGACCACUCCCAAUGAAAUUGAUAAAUCGAAGCUUCCACCCCCUUACGACCCCUUUAACAAGAAACCCGUCAUCGAAGAGCCGGAAGACCCCAAAGACUUGCAAGAAAUUUUCCACAAUAUGCGCAACGAUGGCCUCCUCAACAAUGCAGUCAAGAUGUUCGACGCUUUGUCUAAAGACGGCCUCACCCACGAGGCUUUGGAACUCUUUGCCCAGAUCAAAGACAAAGGUCACAUGCCUGACGUAGUGGCGCACACAGCCGUUGUCGAGGCCUAUGCCAAUGCCGGACAGAGCAAAGAGGCUCUCAAGGUGUUUAUGCGUAUGCUUGCCUCAGGGGUCACCCCCAACGCAUACACUUACACCGUUCUUAUCAAGGGGCUCGCCGCCGACCCCAAAUACCUUGGAGAUGCCAAGAAGUAUUUGCUGGAAAUGAUGGGCAAGGGCAUGCGUCCCAAUGCCGGUGCUUACACUGCCGUGUUCGAGGCCUUUGCCAAAGAGCAGAAAGUUGAAGAUGCUGAGAAGUUUUUGGAGGAGAUGAAAGCCAAGGGAUUCAAGCCCGAUGAGAAGGCUGUUAAGGAGGUCCUUAAUAAUAAGAGAGGACCCGUUUUUAGAACUGUCAUGAACAUUCUUUUUGGCAAGUAAACUGCCUUUUUUGUUUGGGUGCAAUGAAAUUGUGAUCUUUUUUUGAGAGUGAAGAUGGUGUUUGCUUUUGCAGAUUUUUGUUUUCAAGUUAUGAAAAUAGUUUAUAGA